AUGAGUCGAUCGAAUGUUAAUCUAUUGGAUUUACCUGACGAGAUAUUACUUGUUAUUUUGAAAAAACUGAAUAAUAUUGAUGUUCUUUAUUCAUUUAUCGACAUUAAUAAUGAACAUUUGAACAGUCUAGCAUAUGAAAAAAUCUUCAGUGAUACUCUCAAUUUCGUAUCCAUCGAUAAUGUUUCUGCAAUUGAUCAAGAGAAACUUGAUCGAUUUUGCAAGGAUAUAUUGCCAAAAAUUCAUGAAAAUGUCAAAUGUUUUAUUCUUGAACCAAUUUCAAUGGAAUGUAUUCUUCAUGCUGCUGAUUAUCGAAAUCUAACUGAACUUAAACUUUUUAAUUUCACGCAAGAAGUCGUUUUAAAUUAUUUUACAAAUCAAUCAUCUAUUCGAUAUAUCUUUCAAGAAAAAAUUACAAAUCUUAUUAUUGCAAAUAAUGACAAACGCAUGGGGAGUAAAUCAUUGGGAAACUAUAGUAAAAAUGUAUAUGAAGAGAUUUUAAAAUUCUUCAAAAGUUUAAAACAUUUGAGUAUUAUUGAAACAUUCAAUCCUUUUUAUCCACCUUUAUCACUAUGUCAUUCACCAUCAACUAUUUUUUUCUCUUCAACUCUUACUCAUAUAUGUAUCAAAGUAUCCACAUUAGAUGAUUGUUUUUAUUUACUUGAU